UCUUUUCAUUUCAUGCCGGUCAGUGACUCACUACGUGUAAUGGUGCGGUGUGUUAGGCACGCUUGGUUAUUUUUUUGUGUUAUUUAAGUAUAAUUAUAAAAGUAUUCGAACUGGCUUCAUUAUUUGAAGGUUAAGUGAUUGAUAAUGUUCAAAUUUAUAAGGGCCAAGGGCCCCCAAGCAACAGCUGAAAGGCAGAAGCUCCAAAAAGAGUUAUUUUCUUAUAGAAGGACAUUGCAACAUGGUUUCCCAAAUAAGCCCACCGCCCUUGCAUGGGAUCCCACCUUACGUCUGUUGGGCAUUGGAACGGCAACCGGAGCCAUUAAGGUUUUCGGUAAGCCAGGUGUGGAAUUUUACGGUCAGAACCAAAACCCCAUCCCGGUUCGAAAAUUGGUUUUUUUACCAAACGUCGGCCGUGUUGUUUCAUUGUACGAUGACAACUCAUUGCAUUUAUGGGAGGUGAACAGAAGUUCUCUGGUAGAGGUCAAGACCCAGGCUCUAGAAGGAAAACUUAAAAAGAUAUCUGCCAUCUGCGUUGAAUCAGCUGGAAAGCAUCUUUUACUUGGUACAGAAGGUGGUAACAUAUACGUUUUGGAUCUAAACACUUUUUCCAUGGCCCCUGACAUCAUCUAUCAGGAUGUUGUAAUGCAAAAUGUUCCUGAAGACUACAAAUUGAAUCCUGGUGCAGUGGAGUCGGUAAUCGAGCAACCAAACAGUCCAAACAACAUCCUGAUAGGGUAUAAUAGGGGGUUGCUCGUCUUAUGGAACAGAGUUGAAAAUGUUGCUGUUAAAACAUUCAUAUCCAAUCAACAGCUCGAGUCUUUGUAUUGGCAUGAGGACGGCACUUCUUUCACAAGUUCGCACAAUGAUGGUAGUUAUGUAACAUGGGAGAUAACGAAUGGCGAGAAACCUCUGAGCGAUCCUGUUACAACUUACGGUCCUUUUCCUUGCAAAGCCAUUCCUAAACUGCUCAGGCGCCAGCUGCAAGGACAUCCUCUUAUUGUCUUUUCGGGGGGGCUUCCCAGAGCCAGCUACAGUGACAAAUACACAGUCACUGCAAUGCAUGAUUCAAAACACGUCGUUUUCGAUUUUACUAGCAAGGUAAUCGAUUUCGUUUUAAUUGAUUCAAAGGCAAGAGACGAACGUGCGCUAGAAGAGGAUGGUGAAAAUGAAAGGGCCGCCUUACAAGGCGAACCAGAAGCUCUGGUAGUUCUUCUAGAUGAAGAACUGGUAGUUAUCGAUUUACUUUCAGAAGAUUGGAAGAUGAUGAACUUGCCUUAUUUAGUAUCCUUGCAUGCAUCUGCCGUUACAUGCAGUCAACAUGUAUCCGACGUGCCAGAGGAUUUGUGGGAACAGCUACGAGAGGCCGGGAAAGCCCAAACGAACAACCUUUACUCCAACAGGAGUUGGCCCAUCGAUGGUGGCGGACUUUUGUGCGGUAUGAGUAUAAAAUAUCGUCGCGAAAUUUUGCUUUUGGGACACGAGGAUGGAACGGUGAGAUUUUGGGAUGCAAGUGGCACCACAUUGACGCCAAUAUAUAAGUUUAACACUGCACGUUUAUUUACUGGUGAAGAUAUUGUUGAUGAAACUGCCCAGAAUCAAGAAGAGGAAGAGGAAGAUUGGCCACCCUUCAGAAAAUGCGGUGUUUUCGAUCCUUAUUCGGACGAUCCAAGAUUGGCCAUCAAAAAGGUGGUUCUUUGUCCGUUAUCGGGAACUUUGGUGGUUGCCGGGACCGCAGGGCACGUGGUUAUUGCCAAAUUCGACACUGAAGUACUAAAUUCCGAAGUCAAAGUGACCACAAUGAAUAUCGUUAGUGAUAGGGAUGGAUUCGUAUGGAAAGGACACGAUCGAUUACAAGUAAGACAAGGGGAAAUUCAUCAAGCUCGUGGUUUCCAAGCAAAUUCCAUUCUACAACUUCAUCCGCCUGCUGCCGUAACUUGUUGCGCCCUUCAAGCAGACUGGGGCGUUGUCUCGGCCGGUACUGCCCACGGUCUUGCGCUCUACGAUUAUCGGAAACAAAAACCAAUUAUCGUUAAGUGCACUCUGAAUCCAAACGAUCUUACGGGCGCGGGAGACACGCCGAUAUCACGCCGGAAGUCAUUCAAAAAAUCACUGAGGGAGUCGUUCAGGAGGCUGAGAAAGGGCAGAUCGACGAGACGAAAUGCCGCCACAUCAGGUGGCGGUACCCAAACAACGAACAAUCCAAUCACUUCGCCACCAAAUAGAAGACUUACAAAUUCUACAUUGCAACAUGGUUUCCCAAAUAAGCCCACCGCCCUUGCAUGGGAUCCCACCUUACGUCUGUUGGGCAUUGGAACGGCAACCGGAGCCAUUAAGGUUUUCGGUAAGCCAGGUGUGGAAUUUUACGGUCAGAACCAAAACCCCAUCCCGGUUCGAAAAUUGGUUUUUUUACCAAACGUCGGCCGUGUUGUUUCAUUGUACGAUGACAACUCAUUGCAUUUAUGGGAGGUGAACAGAAGUUCUCUGGUAGAGGUCAAGACCCAGGCUCUAGAAGGAAAACUUAAAAAGAUAUCUGCCAUCUGCGUUGAAUCAGCUGGAAAGCAUCUUUUACUUGGUACAGAAGGUGGUAACAUAUACGUUUUGGAUCUAAACACUUUUUCCAUGGCCCCUGACAUCAUCUAUCAGGAUGUUGUAAUGCAAAAUGUUCCUGAAGACUACAAAUUGAAUCCUGGUGCAGUGGAGUCGGUAAUCGAGCAACCAAACAGUCCAAACAACAUCCUGAUAGGGUAUAAUAGGGGGUUGCUCGUCUUAUGGAACAGAGUUGAAAAUGUUGCUGUUAAAACAUUCAUAUCCAAUCAACAGCUCGAGUCUUUGUAUUGGCAUGAGGACGGCACUUCUUUCACAAGUUCGCACAAUGAUGGUAGUUAUGUAACAUGGGAGAUAACGAAUGGCGAGAAACCUCUGAGCGAUCCUGUUACAACUUACGGUCCUUUUCCUUGCAAAGCCAUUCCUAAACUGCUCAGGCGCCAGCUGCAAGGACAUCCUCUUAUUGUCUUUUCGGGGGGGCUUCCCAGAGCCAGCUACAGUGACAAAUACACAGUCACUGCAAUGCAUGAUUCAAAACACGUCGUUUUCGAUUUUACUAGCAAGGUAAUCGAUUUCGUUUUAAUUGAUUCAAAGGCAAGAGACGAACGUGCGCUAGAAGAGGAUGGUGAAAAUGAAAGGGCCGCCUUACAAGGCGAACCAGAAGCUCUGGUAGUUCUUCUAGAUGAAGAACUGGUAGUUAUCGAUUUACUUUCAGAAGAUUGGAAGAUGAUGAACUUGCCUUAUUUAGUAUCCUUGCAUGCAUCUGCCGUUACAUGCAGUCAACAUGUAUCCGACGUGCCAGAGGAUUUGUGGGAACAGCUACGAGAGGCCGGGAAAGCCCAAACGAACAACCUUUACUCCAACAGGAGUUGGCCCAUCGAUGGUGGCGGACUUUUGUGCGGUAUGAGUAUAAAAUAUCGUCGCGAAAUUUUGCUUUUGGGACACGAGGAUGGAACGGUGAGAUUUUGGGAUGCAAGUGGCACCACAUUGACGCCAAUAUAUAAGUUUAACACUGCACGUUUAUUUACUGGUGAAGAUAUUGUUGAUGAAACUGCCCAGAAUCAAGAAGAGGAAGAGGAAGAUUGGCCACCCUUCAGAAAAUGCGGUGUUUUCGAUCCUUAUUCGGACGAUCCAAGAUUGGCCAUCAAAAAGGUGGUUCUUUGUCCGUUAUCGGGAACUUUGGUGGUUGCCGGGACCGCAGGGCACGUGGUUAUUGCCAAAUUCGACACUGAAGUACUAAAUUCCGAAGUCAAAGUGACCACAAUGAAUAUCGUUAGUGAUAGGGAUGGAUUCGUAUGGAAAGGACACGAUCGAUUACAAGUAAGACAAGGGGAAAUUCAUCAAGCUCGUGGUUUCCAAGCAAAUUCCAUUCUACAACUUCAUCCGCCUGCUGCCGUAACUUGUUGCGCCCUUCAAGCAGACUGGGGCGUUGUCUCGGCCGGUACUGCCCACGGUCUUGCGCUCUACGAUUAUCGGAAACAAAAACCAAUUAUCGUUAAGUGCACUCUGAAUCCAAACGAUCUUACGGGCGCGGGAGACACGCCGAUAUCACGCCGGAAGUCAUUCAAAAAAUCACUGAGGGAGUCGUUCAGGAGGCUGAGAAAGGGCAGAUCGACGAGACGAAAUGCCGCCACAUCAGGUGGCGGUACCCAAACAACGAACAAUCCAAUCACUUCGCCACCAAAUAGAAGACUUACAAAUUCUACAUUGCAACAUGGUUUCCCAAAUAAGCCCACCGCCCUUGCAUGGGAUCCCACCUUACGUCUGUUGGGCAUUGGAACGGCAACCGGAGCCAUUAAGGUUUUCGGUAAGCCAGGUGUGGAAUUUUACGGUCAGAACCAAAACCCCAUCCCGGUUCGAAAAUUGGUUUUUUUACCAAACGUCGGCCGUGUUGUUUCAUUGUACGAUGACAACUCAUUGCAUUUAUGGGAGGUGAACAGAAGUUCUCUGGUAGAGGUCAAGACCCAGGCUCUAGAAGGAAAACUUAAAAAGAUAUCUGCCAUCUGCGUUGAAUCAGCUGGAAAGCAUCUUUUACUUGGUACAGAAGGUGGUAACAUAUACGUUUUGGAUCUAAACACUUUUUCCAUGGCCCCUGACAUCAUCUAUCAGGAUGUUGUAAUGCAAAAUGUUCCUGAAGACUACAAAUUGAAUCCUGGUGCAGUGGAGUCGGUAAUCGAGCAACCAAACAGUCCAAACAACAUCCUGAUAGGGUAUAAUAGGGGGUUGCUCGUCUUAUGGAACAGAGUUGAAAAUGUUGCUGUUAAAACAUUCAUAUCCAAUCAACAGCUCGAGUCUUUGUAUUGGCAUGAGGACGGCACUUCUUUCACAAGUUCGCACAAUGAUGGUAGUUAUGUAACAUGGGAGAUAACGAAUGGCGAGAAACCUCUGAGCGAUCCUGUUACAACUUACGGUCCUUUUCCUUGCAAAGCCAUUCCUAAACUGCUCAGGCGCCAGCUGCAAGGACAUCCUCUUAUUGUCUUUUCGGGGGGGCUUCCCAGAGCCAGCUACAGUGACAAAUACACAGUCACUGCAAUGCAUGAUUCAAAACACGUCGUUUUCGAUUUUACUAGCAAGGUAAUCGAUUUCGUUUUAAUUGAUUCAAAGGCAAGAGACGAACGUGCGCUAGAAGAGGAUGGUGAAAAUGAAAGGGCCGCCUUACAAGGCGAACCAGAAGCUCUGGUAGUUCUUCUAGAUGAAGAACUGGUAGUUAUCGAUUUACUUUCAGAAGAUUGGAAGAUGAUGAACUUGCCUUAUUUAGUAUCCUUGCAUGCAUCUGCCGUUACAUGCAGUCAACAUGUAUCCGACGUGCCAGAGGAUUUGUGGGAACAGCUACGAGAGGCCGGGAAAGCCCAAACGAACAACCUUUACUCCAACAGGAGUUGGCCCAUCGAUGGUGGCGGACUUUUGUGCGGUAUGAGUAUAAAAUAUCGUCGCGAAAUUUUGCUUUUGGGACACGAGGAUGGAACGGUGAGAUUUUGGGAUGCAAGUGGCACCACAUUGACGCCAAUAUAUAAGUUUAACACUGCACGUUUAUUUACUGGUGAAGAUAUUGUUGAUGAAACUGCCCAGAAUCAAGAAGAGGAAGAGGAAGAUUGGCCACCCUUCAGAAAAUGCGGUGUUUUCGAUCCUUAUUCGGACGAUCCAAGAUUGGCCAUCAAAAAGGUGGUUCUUUGUCCGUUAUCGGGAACUUUGGUGGUUGCCGGGACCGCAGGGCACGUGGUUAUUGCCAAAUUCGACACUGAAGUACUAAAUUCCGAAGUCAAAGUGACCACAAUGAAUAUCGUUAGUGAUAGGGAUGGAUUCGUAUGGAAAGGACACGAUCGAUUACAAGUAAGACAAGGGGAAAUUCAUCAAGCUCGUGGUUUCCAAGCAAAUUCCAUUCUACAACUUCAUCCGCCUGCUGCCGUAACUUGUUGCGCCCUUCAAGCAGACUGGGGCGUUGUCUCGGCCGGUACUGCCCACGGUCUUGCGCUCUACGAUUAUCGGAAACAAAAACCAAUUAUCGUUAAGUGCACUCUGAAUCCAAACGAUCUUACGGGCGCGGGAGACACGCCGAUAUCACGCCGGAAGUCAUUCAAAAAAUCACUGAGGGAGUCGUUCAGGAGGCUGAGAAAGGGCAGAUCGACGAGACGAAAUGCCGCCACAUCAGGUGGCGGUACCCAAACAACGAACAAUCCAAUCACUUCGCCACCAAAUAGAAGACUUACAAAUUCUGCGGGUGAAGAAACCCCGUUGGAAGCGCGUCCCGUUGAACGUCAGGUAGAAGCUCGUGCCGUUGACGACGGCUUGGGGUCGAUCGUCCGCUGCCUGUACUUUGCACGUACUUUCAUUGUAAGCGUGCAAAAUACCACUCCGACUAUGUGGGCGGGAACAAACAACGGAACAAUUUACGUGUUCACGAUCGUGGUGCCUAGUUCUCAAAAACGAGACGUCGAUGAUGUGCAUUGCCAGCUAGCAAAGGAGAUUCAAUUAAAACAUCGCGCCCCCGUGAUAGGUAUAGCAGUUUUGGAUGGAUCUAGUAAACCUUUGCCAGAGCCCCUUGAGGUGGAAAAGGAAUUGGCACCCCUGCCGGACACAACGCAGCCUCAUAGAGUUAUUAUAGCCAGCGAGGAACAGUUUAAGAUUUUCACUCUGCCUUCCCUGAAACCAUUUUGCAAGUACAAAUUAACAGCACACGAAGGAGCAAGGGUUAGACGAAUGAACUUCGGUUGGUUUAGCUGUCACCUACCUGAUACGAACAAUCAGCAUACCGAAGUGGACCUGCUGUGCCUUACCAAUAUAGGAGACAUCCUCGUACUUAGUAUUCCAGAUCUCAAACGCCAACUGAACGCUGCUGCCAUCAGAAGGGAGGACAUCAAUGGUAUUUCGUCCUUGGUUUUCACAAAAACAGCAGAGGCAUUGUACCUUCAUUCUUCCUCCGAAUUGCAACGAAUAUCGUUGUGUGCCACUCAAAGUACGACAGCCCGUUGUUAUCUGGUGCUACCGAAGGGCGCGAGGGAUGAGAGCGGCAUAGGAGACGCUACGUCCGAUGCCGGUAUUGAGGGACACGUCCAAGCAGAUGAACAACAAGAAAACGAAAAUCCAGCUCCUUUAGUUAAUGGUAAUGUCGAAAGCAAAGAAAGCAGCGUUGCUGAUAAGAAUGAUGAACUUCGUGAAAAUGGAGAUGAAACCCUUCAUAACGUAACAGUUUCGAGUAGUAUUGGAGACAUAACGAUCGAUAGUGUUAAAGAUCACUUAGGAACUGGGGACGAGCUUUCGAAUCGGUUGUCCAAUUUGACUGUUACAAAAACGGUAAUUACCACCGUUACCAAUGAUUCUGGAGAUGCAGUCACGUCCAGCACUUCGACCACCACUACAACGGCCAACAACCAGGAUACCGUUUUAGAGCGUGCGCUGGUGGAUUCUUCUUCUCGACGUUUAGAGACUAGGAUGGUUCACAUAACAGAUUCUUUUAUAAGAGCCCCUUUAGCUUUGGUCGAGGAUAUGGAAUAAGAGAUACAUGAAUAUUGGAAUUGCUAUGGCAACUGUCGUACAUAGAAACUUACAUGAGGUGGAAAAAAAUCAUAUCUAUCUACUUAACUACUUGCUGUGUAUUUAUAAUAAGCUGUUUUUAAUUUUUAACUCGUAUAUUUUUUAUUGGGUAUCUAUUUCCUACUCGUGACAGCUUGCGAAACUUUUUUACUAGACUUACCAUUAAUAAAAAAUUCAACAUGAUUCCUAAAGAAAAAUGAAGGAAUAGGUCUUUGUUGCUUUAGGCCAUUUUUCCCUUUGUAAAACAAAUUGCUUUUUUUUUAUCUUUAAGGAAGUUACAACAAUAAUUCAUAUUUAUCUUCACAGUUGUCGUUUCUAGGAAGUACCAAUUUUAUUGUAUAUAUGUUAUACUUAUACAUAUGUGUUCUGCUGUUACUAUUCCAUUUUUCCUCUUUUAUUCUACAUUUAUUACCCAGUUUUUUACCUCGUCAUAUAGUUGAUAAGUUUAAAUUUAAGUAGUUACACACAUUGGGACCAUUUAGUUGGUAAAAAUACCACUCCACUCCCUUCAUCGUCUCUUCCUUUUUCUCAUUGUUCAUUUGCAAACUUCCUUAGAGUCAUUGUCUUUUACCUAUAUAAAUUUUUUCUCCCGUUAAUUAUUAAAUUAAAUUAAAAUGAAUGCAACAAG